GUUUGCGAGCACAACAGGCGGCGAAGCCGAUGCCGCGACUGCGGAGGAUCCUCGAUCUGCGAGCACAACAGGAGGCGAAGCUUAUGCCGAGACUGCGGGGGCUCGUCGCUGUGCGUGCAUGGGAGGCAGCGGAACUUGUGCAAGGACUGCGGGGGGUCGUCGAUCUGCAUGCAUCGACUACAGAAGAGCCGAUGCCGGGCAUGCGGAGGGUCUUCUUUCUGCCAGCACGGCCGGAGGCGCAACACGUGCCGGGAAUGCAAAGGGGCAACC